AUGUUAAAAAACUUCAAAUUUCUCUUUUUUUUUCAGAAUUAUCUAAGUAAACAUUCAGAUCCACAAAGCCAGGCGUUGUUAGAAAAUGUGAAUUCAAAAUAUUACUACUACACGAGAACAAAAGGAUUAUUCAGGAUAUGUUACCCAAAAGAAAGGCCGCCUACUGUAAAGACAUACUUGAGUCCUUUGGAAACGCAUUGUAACAAUGUAAAUUACUACAUUCCCGAUGAAAAUAACGAUACCAAGGACUUCACUGACGAUGCUUGGACAAGAUUACAUAUGGGACGAUCCAUGAUAGCUCUCUUUAUCAUAUCGUUCAUAGCUGUCUUUGCUGCCUUCUGCACCGGGGUCACUGGAUGUUGGAAGAGGUCUCCAGGAAAUAUUACAGCCACUGCAAUACUUAUGCUGCUAGCAUCAUGUACCGUUGAUUCCUCUAAUCCUUCCAUAAGUAGCAGCUUGUCUGACUCCAAUUCUUUUGAUGCAGAUGAUCAUCAAGAAGAAUUCAUUGCUCCUUUGUCAACAGUUACAGUCCAACCAUCUACAUCACAAAUACUGCGGCACUUCACUUCAAUGGCUAGUAUGCUUAUUCCAUUGCAAUGA